AUGCAGACGCGACGCUCCACGCUCUUUUCCAAGACUGCCACGCUCUUUUAUAUCUUAGGGUCGUUACUCCAGGUCGCUUAUGCCCAGCAUUGGAUAAUGGUGGACGAUAGGGAUCCCGCACUGUUUUACAAGGGCCUAUGGUCAUCGGGACCCUGUGGAGAGUCAUGUCUCUAUCCAAACCAGACAAAUGUCUACAACCAAACCUGGCAUGCAACGCAACCAGGUCGUUCUUCCGGGGAGACCAGUGUAAGCUUGACGUUUCAAGGAUAUGCGGUUGUUGUUGGGGCGCUCCUCGACAAUGUUCACCCUGAUUUGGUCACCUCUGUCAAGAUUACGCUCGACCAGGAGACUCUGAUGUACUAUCACGCCUCUACGAAUGAUGGAACGGUACAGACGGGAGCAGUCAUUUAUUAUCGCGAUGGACUCCAAUAUACAACUCAUACCAUUCGAAUCGACGUCAGUGCUCAAAGCAUAUUCCUUCUGGAUUAUAUUGCGAUUCAGGAUCAACCCGCUGACACUGGCGAGAACCCGGGAGGGGGAUCAAAUAGCCCAUCAUCUCCAGAGAGUCCACCGUCGUCGAGGCCUCCCACCACAACGUCUUCUUCUGGAAAUGCGUCGCCGUCUGUGAGCACUGCAAGCUCGUCAAGGUCUGGCAAUAUGACCACGACGCCUACGAUCACCUUGUCGACACUGGAUCCAUCCGGGCGUCCAACGACAUCAUUCGACCCAUCCACGUUCAUGGUCAACAAUCUUCAGUCUAUGUCCGGCUCUGUCUUUACGACAAGCUCAGUGGACAGUUCUGGGCGUACAAUCUUUUUCCCGGCGACUGUUUAUGCAGAUGGGUCCGACCAAGGAGGGCACUCUGGCGGAUCUUCUCAUGAAUCUUCUCACUCGUCAACAGCAUUCUCUCCGGCGUUGGCAGGGGCAAUUGGCGCAGCAGGUGCAGCGAUUGCAGCCGUCGCCGUUGUCAUCCUGAUGUUCUGCCUUCGCAGAAAGCGAAGGAUUCAGCUACGUCCGCAAUCUGCCGAGCCAUACAUUCUGGCCAACGAGACGCCAACAACUCAGAGCUCCAAUCUUAGUGCUCCGACGUCUCCUAUCCCAUACACGCCCGUCUCCGCCUUGGGUCUCUUUUACGCACACCAGCCGCCCACUGCUCCCCGACCUCAAAUGCGUCUUCAAACUGAUUUAUUAUCCUCCCCGCCUCCGAAUACACUCUUGACUCCCAUGACACCGACCCACGGGCCUUCGACAUAUCACCUUCAUCCCGGAUUCCCGCCAUCUCAGCAGCAAUCGCCCGCAACACCUCACCCGAAUUCUCACAUGUAUCUUCCUUACAUCAGCCCGGCGGAGAAGCUCAGCCGUCACCAGUCGACAGCGCCUCAAAGACGUGCUUCGAAUCUGGCCGAUAUGCGCUCGCCGGUGACAGCCUUGUAUCCUCGUCCAGCCGACUGGGACAUUGAAUCCGAAUCCGAGCGCGAGCAAGAGCCUCCUUUACCGAUCCCACUCCAUCUCCCGCCUGAAGAGCCGCAAUCCGCAUCGACACCGCUGGCCAGUGUCCCACCUUCGCCAGCUGCACUCACCCUCCCCUCCCCACAUCCUUCGUCACGGAGACGAAGUGCGCGGCGAAAAGAGUUCCUCGAACUCCCUCCCCCACCACCUAUGCCCAUGCAAAUGCAAAUGCAAAUGCAGAUGCAGAUGCAGCCUUCACCAAUGUCGAUGCUAGAUCCCAAUGUGCCCGUGAUACGACACCCCAGUCUCCCGAGACGAUCACGGCGAGGCACGACAGGGUCGAUGCCUAUGUUGCAAGACGCGAAUGGAACAUACUUUGUCGCCGUCCCGGUCCUGGCACGUCCAGAACACGGUGCACGAAGUCCUGCGAGUGACGAGGAGAGCUUGCCGCCUGUUGUGCGACGACAGUCACUGAGCCAUCCUGCGCCACCAGCGUAUAGCCCUCCUAGAUUGGUACGAAAUGCGGACUUGCAUGACGGCGUGUACAGAUAG